CAGUAACGCUCACAAGUAUGUGGAACGGGAAAAAUUGCGGUCGUGAGCGUGAUGGUUGUGAACGCUUAGUGGAACGCACCCAUCUUCGCUAGAAGUAAUAGUGUUCUGUGGCACCCGUUGUGAUCACUGUUCGACACUGUCGGUAGCUUUGGUCAGUACUAUUUAAAAAAAACUUGAAUGAUUUGUCAAAUGUCAUAAUUAUCAAGUGUUUUUUUUUACAUUUUGCUAAACAUCUGUUCGAACGUGAACGUAAAGUGCAAUAAAUAAAAUAAAACUUGUAUGUAUGUGUUUUAGUUUAAUUUAAAACGACUGACUUUCCAUUUUAGUGCCGUAACUUAAAAAAAUAAAAUGCCUGAAGAAAAGAGAAUAGACAUCACCCAACCACUGUGGGACCAGAGCACAUUUGUGGGAAGGUUCCGACAUUUUGCCUUCAUUUCCAAUCCACUGCUGUCAAUGGCUUCUGAGAAAGAACUGUAUGAAGCUAAAGAAUUAUAUCUAAACUACAAAGCAGGUCGUGAGCAGCCAGGGACAAAAUUAGAGCAAGUAAUUAAGGCGAAACAGCUUUAUGAAUCAGCAUUCCAUCCAGACAGCGGGGAGCUGCAGAAUGUUUUCGGUAGAAUGUCAUUCCAAAUGCCAGGCGGUUGUCUUAUUACCGGUGCUAUGUUACAGUGGUACAGAACAGCAACAGCCGUAGUCUUCUGGCAAUGGGUGAACCAGUCUUUCAAUGCUCUAGUAAACUACACAAAUAGGAAUGCCAAUUCUCCCCUAACCACCAAACAGAUGGGAGUGGCAUACGUGUCUGCGACAUCAGCUGCCAUGACCACGGCCCUGAUCUUCAAGUUCGGUGUUCAGAAAAGAGCGAAGAAUCCUAUUUUGGCUCGCUUUGUGCCGUUCGUCGCGGUGGCGGCCGCUAACUGGGUAAACAUCCCGCUAAUGAGGCAGAACGAAAUCAUUUUAGGUCUGGACGUCUCUGACGAGAGCGGGAGGGUCAUCGGGAAGUCUCAGAUCGCACCCGUCAAGGGGAUCUCGCAAGUCGUCACGUCGCGGAUCAUAAUGUGCGCACCGGGAAUGCUGCUCCUGCCGGUGAUAAUGGAGAAACUGGAGCCGAAACCCUGGAUGCAGAGGAUCCGGUGGGCGCACAUCGGCAUACAGACCGCCAUUGUGGGCAUGUUCUUGACGUUCAUGGUGCCGACUGCGUGCGCGAUAUUCCCGCAGAAAUGCAAACUCUCCAUUGACACAAUAAAACGUUUAGAGAAAGAUAAUUAUGAAGAAAUAUUGAGAAACACAGGCGGUAGUCCACCGCCAUACGUCUACUUCAACAAGGGCUUGUAGAUUAGUAUUCGUGAGUAUAAUUUGUUGAUCCGUUUCGAAGAAUUUCAUUACAAAGUUUUAUUUGAUUUUUGGAAUCUCAUUUGUCUUGCAACACUAGCACCAGGCUGAACAGAGGCUCGGAUAAUCUGUGCAAAAUGGUACCGCUUUUUUUAAGAUUUGAAACUAAAAACAAACUUUAUUACUAAUUUUUUUGAAACAAUAGGAACCUCACUCUGCCAACUGUACCAUGUUUCAAGUUAUAUUUGACAAACUAUAAUUUGUUAUUUGCAAUACAGUAAGUAAUACUUCAUAUUGCAUCUUUGAAGUUAAAGAGAAUAUAAUAUAUUCUUGGGAGCUUUGUGCCAGCAAUUUUAAGUUUAUGUUGCCAUUAUUAAUUUGAUAAUAUUGCCAUUUCAUUCUGUACACGUACCUCAAUAAAGUUAAUUAAUUUACUUGAAGGUAUUAGUUAAAUGUAUUUAUUUUAUAUUUUGCAUUUUUUUUAAAUUAAAUCAUAUAGUAUUUUAUGUAAAUGAAGUAUUCUCUAACAGUAUAAAUGUUUAUUGUAUUAUUUUAAUAGAAAAAUAAUUUACUUCUCUGUGAUUCUACUUCUAAAUGAGUAUUAUUAUUCGAAUACCUUAUAUGGUAGAUCUGUUAUUUUUUUUAGUAUUUUUUUUAAUAAUCUCUAUAAUAUUUGCUUGCCUGUAUUUUUUUAUGCAAACGGUGUGAAAAUAUUAAUUUUGGUAUAAUUUCAUAUUUUGCAAUAAUGUACUGUAAGAAUAAUUAGAUAAUUUUUGAAACUAGAAUAGGAAAGUAUAUCAAUUAGAAAUUAUCCAUAGUACAAAUGCAGCAAUGUAAAGCAAUGGAUUGGUUGCACGAAUGACUGAUAGUAAUGAUGAAAACAAGUUAAAUCCUGACAGCGAUGCCAAGCUUACAGAGCUAAAAUUUUUUUAUUAUAUUGACUGCGUAAACCGACGAGUCUAAGGUCCUAAGGUGAGUGCUCACCGUUGCUCAUUGACGUCAGCUGCAGGGGACUACUCAAACCUCCUGUGAGAACACAAAUCUAUAAAGAAUGACGUGUAAAAGUGCUCUGACAUUUCAAUUAGUGCGCAUUAGCGCAUUGAUUACAAUGAUCAAUUAUUUGGAAUUUAUAAUUAACACUCAUGCUAAUGAUUUUACAUUAAACAAAGCUGAAAUGAUUUAGUGAGUGCAUCAUGAUUUAGGUGAUUCGUUUUCAUCUUCAUUAAUUUACAAAAGUAUAUUCGUUGUCUGGUCCAUGUUUUUUUUAAAUUAUUUUAUAUAGAGGCAUUGAUGGAGUUGGUUUAUAUUUUUUUAAUUUUAAAUUUACAUUCCGACAUGUAUUUCUUAAAAAAGGCUAACUUAUUACAAAAUUCUUCUCUUUAUACUUAUGUUCGUUACUAAAUUCUUUAGUAAAGAUAGUUAUUAGCAAGUUUGUAUUAAAUUUGGUUCCUUUUUGGUUUUGGACUAAUUUCUAAUGUUUUUUGUUUUUUUUUACUAUUUUAUUUAGUUAUGUGUUUUAUAAAUAUCUAAAACCUAAUAUAUAUUAUAUGCGAAGUGAAUCUACGAUUGUGGUGUUGGCAACACAUGUUUGCAUAAUCUGUAUUGCAGAUUGUUAAAUCUAUUGGAAUUGAUUUUUAUUGUUAAUGAAUACAUAGUACAGGGAAUAAAGACAUUUUUAAGUGAAAUACAAAAGCUUAGUAUCCACACUUAUUAGGUGAGACUACAUUUUAUUUAGAACAUAGAACAUAGAUUUGCUGAGGUAUAUUUUCCGGAUUUUUGUUAUUAUUCCUUGUACCAUAAUAGUUUUAGGCGAAUCGGUUUUAGUGUGUUGCGAAUUACAGACAAUAAAUUAUUAGAAAUAAA